AUGUACAGAGCUCCAAUACAUCCACAUAAACUCUCAUCCACUAACUAUUUACUCAUUCGCUCUUCAAAGGGAAAGCUCUCAUUAAGACGCAUUGACCGGAUUUACGUUGUUGGUCAACAGGAGCCUCACAUGGAGGUGAUGUCCCCUGUAUCAAAAGGUGUUCAGAUGUAUAAUAUGAAUAGGCUUAUGGUGUUCAUGUAUCAUGAGUUUCGUGCUCUUCAAAAACGUGGCUUGACACCUGCCAUUCAUGCCAAUGAGUUAUCUACACAGUUUGCAAAUGUAGCUGAAGUUUCUUUAAGAAAGAGGUUAAAGUUAUUCUGUGAUUUUCAGGUGUGUGCUUUUGAAAGCAUGCUAGCUGGAAUGUACAGACUGAAACGUCUAGGAAUCAGCAUGACUCAUCCAUCUGGUCUCUCCUCUGCAAUGAAUCAGCACCCUGAUGAAGCAAUAGCUUUAGCUGCUUCCCACAUCGAGAGAGAAUUACAAAUAACUCCCUGGAAUUUAAGCAGCAACUUUGUUGCUUGUACGAAUCAGGAUAGAGGAAAUAUUGAAAGAUUGGAGAUUACUGGUGUUGGUGAUCCAUCUGGUAGAGGAUUAGGAUUUAGCUAUGUUCCAACUGCUCCCAAGGCUCCAGUUUCAAAUGUCAUUGCAAAGAAAAAAGUUGCUAUAAAUAGAGGAGGAUCUACAGUCACUAGAACUGACGCUGAUCUUCAUAGAUUAAGCCUGGAUGUUGCAAGAGAGGUGCUUAUUAAAUUCAAUGUUCCGGAAGAACAGAUUGCAAAACUUACAAGGUGGGUUAAAGGGUAG